UCUGCAAAAACCAAGUGGUUAGGACCUUGGAGGUGGCGAAAAGCAGUUUUCGGACCGGUCCACAGAGACACAGCCCCCACCCUAGGAUGCUAUGUCCUGACAUUCCAUCGCCGCAUACAUCAUUCAUCAGAGGCACAUAGGGUGUUUCGUGCGGCAGCCAUGGCGGCGCCCGUUGCGCAUUUCGAUGAUGAGUGGCACGAUUUAAAGGAAUUUGAGCCGGUUUCAGAGCAGGGGACUCGGAUGGACCGAGUAAACUUGGUUGUCGAGCAUGUGACAGGCGAUCUGAAGGUCCUUCCAGAGCUCAACAACAGCUUUUCUGUCGAAGUAGGCAGCUUCAAGUCCAUGGAAGAUCUGGUGAACGAUUUCGACGAGAAAUUGACAGUGUGUUUCCGAAAUUUCAACAUAAAAAAUGAGAACAUUGCCCAUGUAAACAUUAUCACCGAGGAUACAACAUUGAGGAACGACGAGUGAGUAUGCGAAGUUAGUUUGUAACAAGACCGUUCUUCCCUUGCAACAUACUAUCACAUUUCAAUGUCUCGCUCUGCAUAAUUGCGUUCCACUCAAACAUGCUGUCACGUGUAUUGAUGGUUGAUGCAAGCUGCCGACACAUUGUAUCAGAUAGGCUUAUAUCAUAUUUACACCUAUUCGAGAAUAUUGCUAUAGUCUAACAGUAAUGCUACAUUAAUUUCACUAGAAGUUUACGUUUAUAAUUAUGCUUUUUCAUGCAUUAUUGUUGCUAUGCACAUACUGUCAGUUGUGCUGAUGACUUGUCAAUAAGCAACGUUAUCAAUGGUCAUGUGACUGCUCCAUCAAGCUAGAUCUCAGAGCUCACAUAAUCUCAGUUGACAACAUGUCAGUGCAUUGUGUCCCAAAUAUGCCUAACAAAGACAUCCCACUAAACUCUAGAUUAAAAUGUUGACCCAAAAACCCAUCCCUGGAGUUCAGAAUAAAUAGGACAAUUCACAUUUAUCCCCUCCGAAAAGAUGAAAGAUUUGGCUCAUGUCUUGGGUAGAGAUAGUUGAUCCCACUGAUCUGUUUGUGGUUAAUAUAUAGUUAGUAUUAGGCAAUGCUGUUUAUAAAUGAUACAUUAGUUAUUAAUGUCUCACCCUUCCCCUUUUCACUAUUACAUUUACAUUUACGUCAUUUAGCAGACGCUCUUAUCCAGAGUGACUUACAAAUUGGUGCAUUCACCUUAUAGCCAGUGGGAUAACCACUUUACGAUGUGUUUUUUUUAUUUACAUUUUUACUUUUUUCUUAUUUCAUAAUAUUUUUUUUAUUUUUUUUAUUUAUUUUUUAUUUAUUUUUGGGGGGGGGGGGGGGGGGGGCUGGGGUAAGGGAGGGGUAGAAGGAUUACUUUAUCCUAUCCCAGGUAUUCCUUAAAGAGGUGGGGUUUCAAAUGUCUCCGGAAGGUGGUGAGUGACUCCGCUGUCCUGGCGUCGUGAGGGAGCUUGUUCCACCAUUGGGGUGCCAGAGCAGCGAACAGUUUUGACUGGGCUGAGCGGGAACUAUGCUUCCGCAGAGGAAGGGGAGCCAGCAGGCCAGAGGUGGAUGAACGCAAUGCCCUCGUUUGGGUGUAGGGACUGAUCAGAGCCUGAAGGUACGGAGGUGCCGUUCCCCUCACAGCUCCAUAGGCAAGCACCAUGGUCUUGUAACAUAUGCGAGCUUCAACUGGAAGCCAGUGGAGUGUGCGGAGGAGGGGGGUGACGUGAGAGUACUUGGGAAGGUUGAACACCAGACGGGCUGCGGCAUUCUGGAUGAGUUGUAGGGGUUUAAUGGCACAGGCAGGGAGCCCAGCCAACAGCGAGUUGCAGUAAUCCAGACGGGAGAUGACAAGUGCCUGGAUUAGGACCUGUGCCGCUUCCUGUGUAAGGCAGGGUCGUACUCUCCGAAUGUUGUAGAGCAUGAACCUACAGGAUCGGGUCACCGCCUUGAUGUUAGCGGAGAACGACAGGGUGUUGUCCAGGGUCACGCCAAGGCUCUUCGCACUCUGGGAGGAGGACACAACGGAGUUGUCAACCGUGAUGGCGAGAUCAUGGAACAUGCAGUCCUUCCCCGGGAGGAAGAGCAGCUCCGUCUUGCCAAGGUUCAGCUUGAGGUGGUGAUCCGUCAUCCAUACUGAUAUGUCUGCCAGACAUGCAGAGAUGCGAUUCGCCACCUGGUUAUCAGAAGGGGGAAAGGAGAAGAUUAGUUGUGUGUCGUCAGCGUAGCAAUGAUAGGAGAGGCCAUGUGAGGAUAUGACAGAGCCAAGUGACUUGGUGUGUAGCGAGAAUAGGAGAGGGCCUAGAACUGAGCCCUGGGGGACACCAGUGGUGAGAGCACGUGGUGCGGAGACAGCUUCUCGCCACGCCACUUGGUAGGAGCGACCGGUCAGGUAGGACGCAAUCCAAGAGUGAGCCGCGCCAGAGAUGCCCAGCUCGGAGAGGGUGGAGAGGAGGAUCUGAUGGUUCACAGUAUCAAAGGCAGCAGACAGGUCUAGAAGGACAAGAGCAGAGGAGAGAGAGUUAGCUUUAGCAGUGCGGAGAUUCUCCGUGACACAGAGAAGAGCAGUCUCAGUUGAAUGACCAGUCUUGAAACCUGACUGGUUUGGAUCAAGAAGGUCAUUCUGAGAGAGAUAGCAAGAGAGUUGGCUAAAGACGGCACGCUCAAUAGUUUUGGAGAGAAAAGAAAGAAGGGAUACUGGUCUGUAGUUGUUGACAUCAGAGGGAUCGAGUGUUGGUUUUUUGAGAAGGGGUGCAACUCUCGCUCUCUUGAAGACGGAAGGGACAUAGCCAGCGGUCAAGGAUGAGUUGAUCAGCGAGGUGAGGUAGGGGAGAAGGUCACCGGAGAUGGUCUGGAGAAGAGAGGAGGGGAUAGGGUCAAGCGGGCAGGUUGUUGGGCGGCCUGCAGUCACAAGUCGCAAGAUUUUAUCUGGAGAGAGAGGGGAGAAAGAAGUCAAAGCAUAGGGUAGGGCAGUGUGAGCAGGACCAGCAGUGUCAUUUGACUUAACAAACGAGGAUCGGAUGUCGUCAACCUUCUUUUCAAAGUGGUUGACGAAGUCAGGUAGCUUAGUGGGUGGCAGGUAGCUUAGUGGGUAAGAGCGUUGUGCCAGUAACCGAAAGGUCGCUGGUUCUAAUCCCCGAGCCGACUAGGUGAAAAAAUCUGUCAAUGUGCCCUUGAGCAAGGCACUUAACCCUAAUUGCUCCUGUAAGUCGCUCUGGAUAAGAGCGUCUGCUAAAUGACGUAAAUGUAAAUGUAAAUAAAUGUCAUCCACAGAGAGGGAGGGGGGAUUCAGCAGGGAGGAGAAUGUGGCAAAGAGCUUCCUAGGGUUAGAGGCAGAUGCUUGGAAUUUAGCGUGGUAGAAAGUGGCCUUAGCAGCAGAAACAGAUGAAGAAAAUGUAGAGAGGAGGGAGUGAAAAGAUGCCAGGUCCGCAGGGAGUCUAGUUUUCUUCCAUUUCCGCUCAGCUGCCCGGAGCUCUGUUCUGUGAGCUCGCAAUGAGUCAUCAAUCCACGGAGCUGGAGGGGAGGACCGAGCCGGCCGGGAGGAUAGGGGACAUAGAGAGUCAAAGGAUGCAGAAAGGGAGGAGAGGAGGGUUGAGGAGGCAGAAUCAGGAGAUUGGAGGGAGAAGGAUUGAGCAGAGGGAAGAGAUGAUAGGAUGGAAGAGGAGAGAGUAGCGGGAGAGAGAGAGCGAAGGUUGCGACGGCGCAUUACCAUCUGUGUAGGGGCAGAGUGAGUAGUGUUGGAGGAGAGCGAGAGAGAAAAGGAUACAAAGUAGUGGUCGGAGACAUGGAGGGGAGUUGCAGUGAGAUUAGUAGAAGAACAGCAUCUAGUAAAGAUGAGGUCAAGCGUAUUGCCUGCCUUGUGAGUAGGUGGGGACGGUGAGAGGGUGAGGUCAAAAGAGGAGAGGAGUGGAUAGAAGGAGGCAGAGAGAAAUGAGUCAAAUGUAGACGUAGGGAGGUUGAAAUCACCCAGAACUGUGAGGGGUGAGCCAUCCUCAGGAAAGGAACUUAUCAAGGCGUCAAGCUCAUUGAUGAACUCUCCAAGGGGAUUUAUUCAUAAUACUGUCUUAAAGCAGUGCGGCUGUAGCAUUAUCAACAGUCCAAACAUAUUGCACAGCUGGUGGAUUAGUCCUCAUUACAUCUUUCUGCAUCCAAUUUAUGUUUUUGAUCGAAAAUGUACAGUAUCAUCUGGGUAAAUCUUUUGUAAGAUGUUUGUGACCUUUGUGGCAUCUGUCCCUUAGUAACCAAUAUUUGGCUACAUGCACAGUGCAUUGUCAUUAUGACAAAUAUAACCACUGUUGACCAUUAUUAGAAGUUAGCUAUCACUUCUGUACAUGCGCUUUGGUCCUACAGGUAGUGGAGUUCACUUGUUUGUGUCUCUCAUCUCAUUUCCUCCACAGGAUCUGGAAUGCUCUCGCAGAUAAUUAUGGUAAUGUCAUGGCAGUGGACUGGAAACAGUCUCGAACGCGCUCCCUCCAUCUCCCCACUCUAAAACUUGAAGACAAACCAGUGAGUCAAGUUCUUGCUUCAUAGAGGGUUCUUUCUUUGCCCCUUUCCUUUCAUCCCCCACUCUCUCUCUCUCUUUUUCUCUCUUUCUCCCUCUAUCCCUACCUUCCUGUCCAAUCUGUUUAUGGCCCCAAUCUAAAAUUCAGAAUCCAUUGUGCCAGGAUUUAGUUUUGAUUAAAUCCCCUCCCCCUGACCUGUCAGAGGGUGGAUGAUGUAACACUGGAGCUGUCUGACGAUGAGGAGCUGAGGGAACAGAUGGACAUGCACACCAUCAUCGUCUCCUGCCUCAACGACGAACCCCUCUUCACCGCAGAACAGGUAGGGCUACCCACCAAUUUACCAACCUACCAACCCACAGCUCUGCCUGGAAUAGACCAAGACUGACCUGCACUUUAUCAACGCUAGAAUACAGUGGAGCAGAGCUGGGAAUGGGGCUUGUGCCUGUUGCUUGAAUGUGCUUCACAUAGACAGAUGACAGGUGGACUGAGCCUGUGUUUGUGUGUUAACCAGAGUUGGGGUCUAUUCUAUCGAAAUGUCCAGUACAUUCAGGAAUAGAAUUUCAUUCCAAGGAAUGGAAUUGCACUACAUGGAGAAAUGUCCAAUGCAACAGACAGGAAUAGAAAUGGAAUUGAUCCCAAAUGUUUGGUGUUACCUUGUGUAUUGUAGGUUAUUGAGGAGAUCGAGGAGAUGAUGCAGGACUCUCCUGACCUGGAGGCAGAGCAGAACCACCCCUCUCAGUCAGACCUCUCCAUGCUCUCUCUGGACAUCCAGCUCUCCAGCACAAAUCACAGCUAUGAAGAGCGUGAGUAUAUCUCUGUCAGUUAGGUGUGUGUGUGUGUGCGUGCGUGCAUGUGUGUGGUGUGUGUGUGUGUGUGUAAAUGGUGUGAGGGAGAGAGAGCGGUAGGUUGAAAGUGGGUUUGCAUUGUUAUGCUACAUUUCUCUGUGUGUGUGUGUGUGUGUGUGCAGGAGAGAGGACCCUGUGUGUAGCAGAGCUGAAUGAGCUGCUAGAGGAGGUAGAGAUAGCCAUCAGACGUUACAGUGAGGAUCUGAUUCAACACCUGGCCCUAAGGGACGAGCUGGACUUUGAAAAAGAGGUGAAGAACAGCUUCAUCUCUAUCCUGAUAGAUGUGCAGAACAGACAGAAGGAACACAGGGAAUUACUGAAGAAGAAAAAAAUAAUCAAGAGUGGUGCCGGGGCCCCGCAGGGCCGACCAGAGAGAACACAAGCACUAGGAUCAGUGAGUGACACCAUGCUGUGCGUGCACACACACACACACGCACACACACAAACACACACAAUGCCUGCUGAUGCCACUGCUUUAUAGCAUUACUUACAUUCAGAGUGGACAGUUUUAGUAACCUUUUAAAUGUAUUCAAACCUUAUACAACUUAUUUCUUGCUUGUACAGAUGUCUCCACUUACCUUAUUACUUCCCUCUUUUUACAAACUCAGUUACUGGUUUAUUGUUUUGGGGAUAUUGACCUUUUAAACCUUGCACAUGGUUCCUUCUCUCUUUAUCUGCUUGUUUCCUGUUUCUGUGCCUCUUACUUCCCAUUUCUCUGCUUCACUUCCUUCCUCUCUAGCGGUUCAGCAUGGAGGGGCUCUCCUCUGCCAUUCAAAAUGGCUUCCGGCAAACUUUUGGGAGUAGUGGAAGUGAAAGA